GAUGACAAGCACGAAACCUGCUGAUGAACUGUUGGGUGCAGACUAAAGGGGGUGCGUGGCUCAUUUUCAUCGAUCCUAAAGUGGAAAUCAGUUGCUUCUAAGGAAGAAUGCACUGCAGGAGUGUGUGCUGUAACCGCUGGUCAUCUGAGGAGAGGUUAGAUGGGAAAACAGUCAUCAUCACUGGAGCCAACACUGGCAUCGGCAAAGAAACUGCCAGGGACCUGGCAAGGAGAGGUGCCCGCAUCAUCAUGGCAUGCAGAGACCUGGAGAGGGCCGAGGAAGCACGGACCGACAUCUUGGAGGACACAGGAAAUGAGAAUAUGGUCAUCAGGAAACUGGAUCUGUCUGAUACCAAGUCCAUCAGGGCCUUUGCUGAAAUUAUCAACAAAGAGGAGAAACAAUUGAAUAUCCUGAUAAAUAAUGCAGGAAUCAUGAUGUGUCCCUACUCCAAGACAGCUGAUGGGUUUGAAAUGCAGUUGGGAGUCAAUCAUUUGGGUCAUGUUUACUUGACCUACCUGCUGCUUGAUCUCAUCAAGCAUUCAGCUCCAGCCCGUAUUGUUGUCGUGGCAUCUGUGGCCCACACCUGGACCGGGCUUCGGCUGGAUGACAUUAACAGUGAGAGGAGUUAUGAUACCAUGAAGGCCUACGGACAGAGCAAACUGGCUAACGUCCUCUUUGCACGCUCUCUUGCCAAAAGGUUAGAAGGUACAGGGGUGAGUGUGUUCUCCUUACACCCAGGGGUGGUACAGUCUGAUCUGUGGAGGCACCAGCACCAGUGUAUCCAGGUGGCAGUGAAGAUCUUCAGGAUUUUCACCAAGACAACAGUGGAGGGAGCGCAGACCACCAUCUACUGUGCCGUGGAGCCAGGCCUGGAGAGCCUGAGUGGAGGAUACUUCAGCGACUGUGCCUCUGCAAGGUGCUCAAGAGCCGCUGCUGAUGAUGACUUGGCUCAGAAGCUGUGGGAGGUCAGCUGCAACAUGCUUGGUAUCCCCUGGCAGUGAAGAGCGGCAAAUUAACUGUGCAAUGAAAGACACUGUCCUCUCUACACUGUUACGCACUUUUAAAUCUCCAUCAGUGUUCUGUAACAAUUAUGUAUUUCAUGACUGAAAGUGCUGUAUUUUCCGAAAGGAAGCGGACUGCUCCAAAGCUUAUCUUUUCUUUAAUGUGCUAUCAAGGACAAAUCAUACAUUGUGGUCAGAUAGUUUCAACAAACUGCAUGAUUACUUUUUUUUCUUGUGUAAAGACAUUUUAAGAAUGAACUAAUAUUUAAACUGUGGCUUGUUUACUAGUAGAAUUUGAUGUCAAAAGGAAUAUUUUUACUGUCAUUUUACUGUGUAUUUACUAACUGAUGAAGUCAUUCUUUGUUCAAAUGGUUGUCCAUCUUGAGAAUUUGUCAGUAAAGGUGGUCUCGUUUGGGAUAAAAAUGAACAAAGGUGUUAAAAUC